UCAAAUUGUGACGAGAUCACAAGACCAAGCAUAGACAACACUUUUAUCAACCAACUUGUCUUCUGUCAUCAGGUGAUUGGGAGUGAGGAAUUCAGAAAAGGGAUAAAUUCGUAAAUCAAUAUGUCUGGGAAAGACAAACUACAAAUUUUCCCUUCUCGGGGAGCUCAGAUGUUAAUAAAGGCCCGUCUUGCCGGAGCAGUUAAGGGCCAUGGUCUCCUCAAGAAAAAGGCUGAUGCCUUGCAAGUGAGGUUCCGUAUGAUCUUGGGAAAAAUCAUUGAGACAAAGACCCUUAUGGGUGAAGUGAUGAAGGAAGCAGCAUUCUCCCUGGCCGAGGCAAAGUUCACGACGGGAGACUUCAACCAAGUGGUGCUGCAGAAUGUGACCAAGGCACAGAUCAAGAUCCGUUCCAAGAAAGACAAUGUAGCUGGUGUCACACUGCCAAUUUUCGAGUCAUACCAAGACGGUUCAGACACGUACGAGCUGGCGGGUCUCGCGCGCGGCGGCCAACAGCUCUCCAAGCUGAAGAAGAACUUCCAGAGUGCUGUCAAGCUGCUGGUCGAGCUGGCGUCCCUCCAGACCUCGUUUGUGACUUUAGACGAGGUCAUCAAGAUCACUAACAGGCGUGUCAACGCUAUUGAGCAUGUGAUCAUCCCGCGCCUGGAGCGAACUCUGGCGUACAUCAUCUCGGAACUGGACGAGCUGGAGCGUGAGGAGUUCUACCGGCUCAAGAAGAUCCAAGACAAGAAGAAAAUCAUCAAGGACAAAGCGGAAGCGAAAAAGAAGGAGCUUCUAGCGGCGGGCUUAGGUCUAGACCUCGGCGACGGUGGCGCCAACCUGCUCGACGAGGGUGAUGAAGACAUCGUGUUCUAAAUCUAAACAACCCGCCAGUUAUAACCGGUUACACCACAUGCAGCGG